AUGCGCAGUGGGGUCCACGCGCCCACGCCGUAUCGGAGGGUCCUGGGCAUCAUGGCGGAGCCAGAGAUCUCACAGGCUGCCCGGGCUCCGCAGACUAACGCACCCUCAGCCGCCACUGUGGCUGCGAUUACAGCCCCACCAGUCGUGGGGGGAGGCGGAGCUGGGGGAAGCAGCAGCAGCAGCGAUCCGGUUCGCCCAGGACUGAGCCAGCAACAGCGCGCGAGCCAGCGGAAGGCGCAUGCGCGAAGCUUCCCGCGGGCGAAGAAGCUGGAGAAGCUGGGGGUAUUCUCAGCUUGUAAGGCAAAUGACUCUUGCAAAUGCAAUGGCUGGAAGAACCCAAAUCCUCCUACAGCUCCCCGGAUGGAUCUGCAGCAGACAGUCACCAACCUUAGCGAGCCCUGUCGUAGCUGUGGGCACACGCUUGCCGACCAUGUGUCUCACCUGGAGAAUGUCUCUGAGGAGGAGAUCAAUCGGCUUCUGGGGAUGGUGGUGGAUGUGGAGAACCUUUUCAUGUCCGUGCACAAGGAAGAGGAUACCGACACCAAGCAAGUUUACUUUUACCUGUUCAAGCUCCUACGGAAAUGCAUCCUACAGAUGAGCCGGCCAGUUGUUGAAGGCUCCCUUGGGAGCCCUCCAUUUGAAAAGCCAAACAUUGAACAGGGUGUCUUAAACUUUGUGCAGUACAAGUUUAGCCACCUACCCACCAAGGAGCGGCAGACCAUGUUCGAGCUUUCCAAGAUGUUCCUUCUGUGCCUGAACUACUGGAAACUGGAAACACCAUCCCAGUUCCGCCAACGAUCUCAAAAUGACGAUGUGGCGACGUACAAGGUCAACUACACCAGGUGGCUGUGCUAUUGUCAUGUCCCCCAGAGUUGUGACAGCCUCCCUCGCUAUGAAACCACCCAGGUCUUUGGGCGUAACCUCCUCAAGUCCACUUUCACAGUCACUCGCCGGCAGCUGCUGGAGAAGUUCCGGGUGGAGAAAGACAAGCUGGUGCCCGAGAAGCGGACCCUCAUCCUCACCCAUUUCCCCAAGUUUCUGUCAAUGCUGGAGGAAGAAAUCUAUGGAGAGAGCUCCCCAAUCUGGGAGGCUGACUUCACUAUGCCUGCAGCAGAAGGAGCCCCGCUUGUUCCUCGGCCCGCAAUCAGCACCGUUCCUGCAGCCAGCACACCUCUCUUCAACAAGUCUCUGAGCUGCAGCUCCUCUUUGACAUCUAUCAGCCUGGAUGGCGGCCCCUUGGAUUCUGUGCCAGGUGAGAAGAGGAAGCUACCUGAGAGCUUAACCCUCGAGGAUGCCAAGCGGAUCCGGGUGCUGGGUGAUAUCCCGAUGGAGCUAGUGAAUGAAGUGAUGCUGACAAUCACAGAUCCAGCAGCCAUGCUUGGGCCAGAGACUAGCUUGCUCUCCGCAAAUGCAGCCCGGGAUGAGACGGCUCGACUGGAGGAGCGCCGUGGCAUCAUUGAAUUCCACGUCAUUGGCAACUCCCUCUCCCAGAAGUCAAACAAGAAGAUCCUCAUGUGGCUGGUAGGGCUGCAGAAUGUAUUUUCACACCAGUUGCCUCGAAUGCCCAAGGAGUACAUCACCCGUUUGGUCUUUGACCCAAAGCACAAAACUUUGGCGCUGAUCAAGGAUGGACGCGUGAUCGGGGGCAUCUGCUUUCGAAUGUUUCCAACUCAGGGAUUCACGGAGAUUGUCUUUUGUGCUGUGACAUCCAAUGAGCAAGUCAAGGGCUAUGGGACCCACCUCAUGAAUCACCUGAAAGAGUACCACAUCAAACACAGCAUCCUCUACUUCCUCACCUAUGCCGAUGAAUACGCCAUUGGCUACUUCAAGAAGCAGGGUUUCUCCAAAGACAUUAAAGUCCCCAAGAGCCGGUACCUGGGCUACAUCAAGGACUAUGAGGGGGCCACCUUGAUGGAAUGUGAACUGAACCCUCGGAUUCCUUACACGGAGCUCUCUCACAUCAUUAAGAAGCAAAAAGAGAUUAUCAAGAAGCUGAUAGAGCGGAAGCAGGCCCAGAUCCGCAAGGUCUACCCCGGCCUCACGUGCUUCAAAGAGGGCAUCCGGCACAUUCCUAUCGAAAGCGUUCCAGGCAUCCGGGAGACGGGAUGGAAGCCUAUGGGAAAAGAGAAAGGGAAGGAACUCAAAGAUCCAGACCAGUUGUAUACCACUUUGAAAAAUCUCCUAGCACAAAUCAAGACCCACCCCAGUGCCUGGCCUUUCAUGGAACCAGUAAAGAAAUCUGAGGCUCCCGAUUACUAUGAGAUCAUCCGUUUCCCCAUUGACCUCAAGACGAUGACUGAGCGCUUGAAGAACCGCUACUACGUCACUAAGAAGCUUUUCAUUGCCGACCUACAGCGCAUCAUCACCAACUGCCGUGAAUACAACCCAUCUGAGAGCGACUACUGUAAGUGUGCCAACACCCUGGAGAAGUUCUUCUACUUCAAGCUCAAAGAAGGGGGGCUCAUCGACAAGUAGGGAGCACCAGACCCCACCUCACCCCUGCCCCUGAGGGACUUCCACCUCCACUCUUCCAUCUUGUCAAAAACUCUUCUGGCUCAUGAAGAGCCGGACUUUUUCCUUGCUGCCUUCUGCCGCGUCUCACGCACAAAUCCAGAUGUGGGUGGCUGGAUCUGAGGGGGUUUUCCCCUGAUGUGAUUGGAGAAGCGGGGUGGGGACAUAGAUAUUGUCUCAUCCUUACCCCUCCAACAGACCGGGAUGUGCAACCUUAGCCGUGUUAAUUUCUGAGCCUUAUCACUCCGUCCAUUGGGUCUUCCUUUCCAGAAGAGAGUAACUGGGAGUACUUCUGAAUCCUUGUGUUGAUAUUAGGGAUCUAAUGAGGGUCCCAUUACAGUCAUCCCCCCUCCUUUGUCCCUCCAGACUUGAUUUUUCUCUCAUUCCCUACAUCCCAACCUGGGGAGAAUUUUGUGGGCCUACACUCCGUCCCUUGCUUUUUCAAUUUCAGCCAUUUCCUCUUGACGUGUGAAUGUAGAGAUGAAGGGUUAAAAAGGGGCCAUGGGAAGGAGGGCAUUCCACAGAUUCAAGCAAUAGGGAAUUUCUCCUCAGUUAAGCACAACUGGAGAGGAAUUAUCUGGACUGGUGCCUUCCUCUUGGCCUGUUCGUGGUGUCCCAUAGGUGUCUUCGCUGCUGCACUUCCUACAAAGAGAAGGAACCUUUUAAGCCUCAGGCAAAAUUGGAUCUGGUUCCAGGAGGUAGGUGAUAGAGCAAAGUGGAAGAAAAGGACAGGAAGGUCCUUCCAGGCCUUCAUUGAUCACAUUGAGCCUAGUUGCCAGCCAUUGAUCUUAGCCCUCAGACAAAGCUGAGGUGGGACUAUUUUUAGUGGUGGCAGGUUGAAGGCUCCCUCCCCUCCCCCAUAUCCUGCCAUUACUGAGUAUUUUCUCUUAACCACGACACCAAACUGGCUCAAGCCUUCAUUACUGAGUAUUUUCUGAGAGGGUUACUGUGCUGACUCCAGAGUUGAGGCUAUGUAUGUUUUUCAAAGUUUGACUCUUUUCAUGGGACACUUGCAGAUAUCCCGUUAUAGACAUGCCUGACACCCUGUUCAUCUCCUCUCCCCACAACUUCUGAAUCAUUCCUAAUUAUUUCCCCCUAUCACCAUGCACUGACUAAUCUCCUCAGCCCAUCUGAACAAUGCCGCCAACUGAGACGGUUGUUUCUGCACUUGGGCCUCUUGCCCUCAUCUAUGAAAACAAGCCAGGCCUUUUUCCUUCUAAGAUUGGUGCUUCCUUGGAGUGCAUCUGUGGCUUUAGUUCCCCAGCACCCCACACACAACACGUGUCUCUUUUGCAGGCUGUGCGGUUUUGUUUCGUGAAGGAGCAUCCAGUUUUGGUUCUUUAACCAGAAAUUCGUGCAUUGCCCAAUGACUUAUGAUAAAUUAGCAAGUGUACACACCUGCUUAUCUCUCAUGCAGUUUUUUGGACGGUUAAUAGCUGUGCCACUUUAUGGAAAAAUUAAAAUAACUUUUUUCCUUGCUUUGAAGAAUCAUCUGUAGUAGCUGUACCUUUCGCUCUAUGAGUGGUUAACACUAACCCCAUAAGAAUUAUAGAAUUGUCACUAUAUAGUAGAGUUGUGGAGGAGUACAUAUGAAAAACACUGAAUGGUAAAGAAUAUCGUUGGUAGUGAGCUAGCUGCCCUCUUCUUUUCACAACCUUCUGCACUGCCUGAAACCAGAGAGAAAAUGAAAAGGUUUGCUGCCUCAUUUGAUUCGCUUCUCUCUCCCUUCUUGCAUCUUUAUUCAACUGAGCCAUUUCAGGAAGUGGGGAAUGGAGAGGCCGCAUGCCACUGAUUCAGUAGCCAGUAAUUGAUACAAACUCCACUUUGCUUCCUGCCUGUUAUGAUCCGUCCGGCAGGAACCCAUAACUGUGGCUGGAGCUAAGUAGCUGUCUCUGGAAGCCCCCUUUUGCCUGGAUGCAUGUGUCCAGUGACCUGAUCUAGGUUUGGUGCAGAACAUAACCUCCCAUUGCAGUCGAAGCAUCUGUGAGUACGAAUCAAAGCAGCAUCUUUUGGUCACAAUGGGAACAAGGUUAAGCUCUUCCCAUUUGGCCCCAGCCCUUCAACUUUGUUCAAACUCAUUCUCUCACCCCCCCCCCCUUUCCUUUUGUUACGAGAGAGGUUUGCUCCAUAUGCCUCCAAAGGAACCCUGUAAUAGGGAAAUGGCGAGGAGGAAGUAUUUCAGUGAUGUUCCAGCUGCCUUCUCUUAAGUGACUGUUGCCUUAUUAUCUCCACCACAUUUUGUGUGCUUAAUCUAUACAAUUGCAGAGCCUCACUCUGCCAUUUUGGGCCUUUCAGCAACGUUGCCAUUCCAUUUUUUUUAACAUUUGAAAGGGGAAAAAAAUAAAGAACAUAUCUGCAAUAAAAA